AUGGCACUCAUUGGGUCAAUCCAACCAUUCAAUUCGAAAGAAUCGGAUAUCACAACAUACUUAGAGCGUAUCGAACAAUUAUUUGUCUGUAAUGAUAUAAACGAAGCAAAAAAAAUGUCAGUUUUCCUAACCUUAAUCGGAGGAGAUGCGUAUGGAGUAUUAAAAGAUUUAUUGGCACCGUCAUUACCUAGUACGAAAACGUACGAGCAGCUUAAGAAGUCAUUGUCGAGUCAUUACAGUCCAAAACGGUUAACUAUAGCUGAACGUUAUAAGUUUUAUUCAGCCAAGCAGAAGACAGAGGAGGAUGUGAAAGCAUAUGCCGUCAGAUUGAAGAACUUAGCUAAGUAUUGCGAGUUCGCUACUUUUCUCGAAGAAGCACUUCGCGGUAAAUUUGUAUGUGGAAUACGUUCAGAGGGAGUCAAACGAAAAUUGUUAACGGAAGAUAACCUUACUUUUAAUAGGGCGUAUGAAUUGGCAGUGGGCAUGGAAUUAGCGGAAGGUCAAGUUAAAAUUAUGGGGCCAGAGACAAUUUCGAUCAAUAAAUUAAGGUAUCAACGAGAAGGUCAGUCAAAAGGUGCAUCCAGUCAAGGUAGUGGAGUCAAGGGCCAAAAUCAAGGGCAAAAACAGCGGGCAACUAAGCCAAGUCAUAGUCAACUAGCGAGUCGAGUCAAAUGCAAACGAUGUCUUCGCGUGCACUUCGAAGGCAACAAGUGUCCAGCUAUCAACUGGACCUGUUAUUCUUGCCAGCAGACGGGUCAUACUGCAAAGUCACCAUUAUGCAAAAAUAGAGUCCACAGUCUGCAAUCGGAGGAAUCGGAAAUCGGUUUUAGCAGCGCAGUCGAAGAUGAAGAAUCAUUGGAAUUAGGCUUAAUACAGGAGUCUACGGAGGGUGAACUGUAUCAUGUACAUUCCGUUACAAAGUCGAGAGAAAACGAAAGUCUGAAAGUCGCGUUACAUAUCGAAAAUAAGUUAAUGACUAUGGAAGUUGAUUCGGGUGCAUGCAAGUCGGUCAUUCACGUCAACGAUUAUAACAAAUGGUUGUCGCAUUUAGCCUUAAGAUCUGUAAGUUUUAAGUUAAGAGUCGUAACAGGCGAAAAAGUAGAAAUUGUCGGUCAAGUCGUAGUCAGAGUCAGGUAUACGACCGAAACAUUUAAGCUACCAUUGAUUGUGUUGAAUGGAAAAACUAAAUUUAUUCCUUUACUAGGUCGCAAUUGGUUGAAUGUAUUAAAUCCAAAGUGGAGAGAAGUAAUUAACAUGCCUUUAAUUAUUAAGUCAGUCAGUCAAUGUAAGGUUGAAUCAAGUCAAAUUGAUCAUUCUGGGGAAGCUGCGAAUAGUCGAAAGCGGUUGGUAUUAUCUAUCAGGUCACAGUUUGGAGCGGUUUUUAAGGAGGAAUCAAACACCAGCAUCAAAAAUUUCAAGGUCGAUGUAAAGCUAAAAGAAAAGGCAAAUCCAAUAUUCCACCGUGCGUACCAAAUGCCAUUUGCGCUCAAGCCUAAAGUCGAAGAAGAACUAUCCAGGAUGGUGGAAGAAGGAAUAUUAAGUAAGAAGAAUGGGAAAGACGUUAGGAUUUGUGUCGAUUUUAAAAAAACGUUGAACACUGUCAUUGAUACCGAACAUUGUGUACUACCCCUACCGGAAGAUAUUUACGCUAACCUUAGUGGAAGUCGAUGUUUCACAGUCAUCGAUCUUAAAGGAGCAUAUCAGCAACUCGCAAUAGGGGACAGUUCUAAAGAGUUGUUUACUAUCAAUACUCAUUUGGGGCUGUUCAGAUAUAAUCGAUUAACGUUUGGUGUAAGCUCGGCCCCGGGAAUAUUUCAGUCAAUUAUGGAAAGCAUUCUUGCUGGCUUGAAGAAUACUCAAUGUUAUCUAGAUGAUAUCCUGGUUCAUGGAGCUACAGUGGAACAAUGUUAUCGCCGAGUUUGUGAGGUUUUCAAACGUCUAGCGGAAUAUAAUGUCAAAGUCAACGCGGAGAAAUGUAAAUUUUUUGAAACAAAGGUUGAGUUCUUAGGACACAUGGUGGAUGCCAAUAGAAUUCAUCCGACCGGGGAAAAAAUAGAAUGUAUCCAGAAGGCACCGGCACCAACUAAUGUGACUCAGUUAAAGUCGUACUUGGGAUUGUUAAGUUAUUACAGGAAAUUCAUCCCUAUGUUGUCGGCGAAGCUUAAACCAUUAUAUGAGUUAUGUAAUACAGGAAGUGAAUUCCGUUGGAAUGACGAGUGUGAGAAAACAUUUCAAUCAAGUAAAAAGCUGCUCACAUCGGACGAGGUGCUUACGCACUUUGAUCCAACUCUACCAAUCGUGGUCACGUGCGACUCGAGUGGUUACGGAGUGGGCGCCGUACUAAGUCAUAUAAUCGAGGGAAAAGACAAGCCUGUUUUGUUUGCCUCAAGCACGUUGUCGCCAGCAGAACAAAAAUAUUCCAAUUUGGAAAGGGAAAGCCUUGCGCUGAUAUUUAGUCUAAAGAAGUUCCACAAAUACAUCUACGGCCGAAGAUUUAUUUUGUUAACAGAUCACCAACCACUUCAGUUUAUUUUUGGGAAAAACAAAGGAAUUCCGGUAACGGCAGCGGCACGCAUCACGCGAUGGGCUUUAACAUUGUCAGCGUAUGAUUAUGAAAUUCGGUAUAAAAAGGGCAAGCUUAUUGCUAAUGCAGAUGGACUAUCACGUUUACCGAUGUCGGCAAGUACGGAAAUCCCAGGCUACUUGAAUUCGUUUAGCUUGUUGAAUACAGUACCACUACAUGCAGGAGAUGUGGCAAGAGCCACCCAAAAGGAUAGAGUGUUAACUAAGGUUAUCGAAUUCACACUAUCGGGAUGGGCAAGAGACGUGGAAGAAGAGGCGUUAAAACCAUAUUUUACCAAGAGGCAUGAACUGUCAGUCGAGAAUAAUUGUUUAUUACUGGGAAACAAGGUGAUCAUUCCUGAGUUGUUGAGAACAGAAGUACUAAAUCUUUUCCAUGAGCAACAUGCGGGUAUCGUCCGCUCGAAGAUGCUUUUAAGGGCCUAUUGUUGGUGGCCAGGUAUAAAUGACGACGUCGAAAAAUUCAUAUCAUCGUGUGAAGUUUGUCAACAAACACAAAACUUUUCGAACAGUAGCACCUUGCUUUUGUGGCCUACAGCGCCAAAUGUCUUCUAUAGAGUCAAUAUUGAUUUUUUUCAUAAAUACAAUCACACAUUCUUAAUGGUGAGCGACAGUAAGUCAAAGUGGAUUGAGGUUAAGCUAAUGGACCAUGGAUCAAAAGCAAGCGAAACCAUUUUAAAAUUAAAAGAAGUGUUUGCAGUGUAUGGUUUACCAGUGGAAUUGGUCUCAGAUAAUGGUCCGCCAUUCAAUUCAUCGGAGUUCAGCGCAUUCUGUCAAGCAAACGGAAUUAAACCAGUCAAGUCUCCACCGUAUCACCCCCAGAGUAAUGGUAGCGCAGAGAGGAGCAUUCAAACAGUUAAAAAAGGAUUGGAAAGAGCAUUGUUUACGGAAAAAGGGAGAGAUAUCGGCAAAAACGUAUUAUUGACUCGUUUGAUAAACUUCCUUUUUACGUAUCGAAACACUCCAUCAACGGUAACGGGGAAAUCUCCCGCGGAAAAUAUUCUUAAAAUGAGACCCAGAACUCGAUUUGACUUGAUUAAACCCUUUUCUAAAGAAAUAACUAUGGGCCACAAGGGGGACGCAAAAGAGAUUCGAUUGUAUACGUUAAAUGAACCGGUAUAUGUAAAAAAUAUUCCGUUGAAGAUGUGGGAAAAAGGUAAAAUUAUAAAAGUGCUAAGUCACUCUACUUAUCUCGUUCAAAUAGCGGAUAAAAUUAGAUUUGUACAUGCUAAUGAUAUUCGCGUGAAUCCAUAUAUGGCCGGCGGAGCCGAUGGCGAAACACAACCUAGUAUUACGGAGCAACCUAUGGCUGUGGAUUAUAAUAAGGGAAAUGUUUCGGCGAAGGAAGAACAGGGGGAGGAGGAAGUUCCGGCCUGUAAGGAAGAAAUCGUGGAAGAGCAGGCUAGUUCGCAAAGAUCGAUCAGUAAGAGCAAUAAUUAUCCUAGUCUGGAAAGUAGUACUUCCAAAACUUACUCCACUCGCUCGGGCAGAAUUCCAAGAUGUCCGAUCUUACGUGCCCAAAGAACUACGCAACAGAAUAAUGCAAAUGGUACACGGCCUAGCACACCCAAGUAUCAGAACUACAAGAAAGAUGAUCACUAA